AUAAGUUAAUCAAAGAGAGGGCUGUUUCCAAACCUACAUUAGGUACAACUAAUACAGUACAAAUCUAAACUAAUUACAAGUCUUUUGAGCUUUAAUCUAUUGGUCAGAACGAAAACAAAAACCUAAUCCAAAACAGUGUACUUUGUCCUGGUACCAGAGAUUUCCGAACAGGUUUAUUUCUCAGCCGUCCAGAUGUCAGAGCUUCAAAAUCAGAAAUAAGCACUCCAGAAAUUUCAGAAACUAGGUUCAACAUUUAUCUAGCAAUAACAGAGUCAAAGAGCAAAUGAUGUACUAUUGAGUAUUGACUCUUCUUCUCCACAAAACAUACAUUCCAAAGUUUUGAAGAUUUUCGUUUUUCUUAAAUUGUCCUUAGUCAUCAGUAUGUUUUUAGCAGGCAGUUUCUGCUUCCACAUAGUAUCAGGUAAGAAAACUGGAUGUACGCCUGUCUUGUAAAGAGAACUUGAAGAAUAGAUCCCUUCACCAUCAUAUUGCCAUCAUUUGUUUCACCGUUUUAAUGAGGAAAAGUCCUACGACAUGUACAUUUUAAUUGGCCCUCCGACAUAUAAGUUCGAUUACCAAGUGGCAAGUGGAACAGAGCCAAUCCAUAAAUGAUAUACACCGUUUGAUUCCUAGUUGUCUCCAUCUGGUUUUGUUUGCUAGUACUUUUUUGAGGGAGAGCGUACGAAAUCCUGUGGGAAGCAUCUCUACCGAAACGUCUACCACGGCAUCUUUCCUUUGUCCUGGGGCGCCCUUGGGUUUAACGAACGGCACCACCGAAAGACCACCAGCUCGGCAUCAUCAUAUAGUACUGUCCUACAUACACAUCCGGCCAUUGAUCUUCUCGCGUCAACUAGCUAGCUCCUGACUGCCAAAGCACCCACAUUGCUUGUUUUCUUUGCUUGCUGUUCUUCUUCCCCGGCGGCAACAGACGAUCGAUGGAGGUUGAGAACCGGUACGUGGCCGUGCGGCACCACGUCGAGGGGUCCCCCUCAGAGUCCGACUUCGAACUGAUCACGGCGGCAACACCGGUGCGGUGGACGCCGGAGUCCGGCGAGGUCCUGGUGAAGAACCUGUACCUGUCCGUGGACCCCUACCAGCUCAACCGCAUGAAGCGCCACAGCGCGUCCCACCUCGCCGUCGACGUCAUCGUGCCCGGCGAGAGGAUAGCGGCGUACGGGGCGGGCGAGGUGGUGGCGUCGGGGUGCGCGGAGUACGAGGCGGGGGACAUCGUAGCGGGCGUGCUGGCGUGGGAGGACUACACGCUGUUCCGGCCGUCCCCCGCCGUGCUCAUGUCCAAGGUGGACGCCUCGGACGAUUUCCCCUUGUCGUACCACAUCGGCGUGCUGGGCACGAGCGGGAUGACGGCCUACGGCGGCUUCUACGAGGUGUGCAAGCCCAAGAAAGGGGAGACGGUGUUCGUGUCCGCCGCGUCCGGCUCCGUCGGCAGCCUCGUCGGCCAGUUCGCCAAGCUCCACGGCUGCUACGUCGUCGGCUGCGCCGGAACCCAAGCCAAGGUCGACCUGCUGAAGGACAAGCUGGGGUUCGACGACGCCUUCAACUACAGAGAGGAGCCUGACCUCAAAGCCGCGCUCAAGAGGCGCUUCCCUGACGGGAUCGACAUCUACUUCGAGAACGUGGGCGGGGAGAUGCUGGAGGCGGCGCUGGCCAACAUGAACGCCUACGGCCGGGUCGCCGUCUGCGGGGUCAUCGCCGAGUACACCGACCCCGGGAGGCGUGCCGUGCCGGACCUGCUGGAGGUGGUCUACAAGCGCAUAACGCUCCGGGGCUUCUUCGCCUACGACUACAUCACCAGGUUCCACGAGUUCGUCGGGAUCAUCGGCGGAUGGAUCCGCGAGGGCAAGAUCCAGGUCGUCGAGGACGUAUCCAACGGGCUAGAGAGCGUCCCGUCGGCUUUCGCCGCGCUGUUCCGCGGCGAGAAUGUUGGCAAGAAACUCGUUAAACUGGCGUAGGAUAAAAAAACGAGGUUCUGUUGAUCGGUUCAAACGCCAGAUUCCAAAACUUUGUUCAUCGUUCCCCCACGAGAGGAGAAGACCUUUACUCCGAAAUAGGAGACCUAUUUGUGUCAGAAAUGAGGGAGAUUGUUUUGUUACUGUACUUUAAUUCCACUUCAGUCUGUACUCUGGACAGUGAUGAAUGUAACUUCUUUGAGAAAACAAAACGUUGUUUUGUUCAGCUGAAACACGCAUGAAAGGCAAUGAGUUCUGCCUGAAAUCA